CGCCGCGUUAAUCAUGCUUGGCAGUGGGAUUUCGAACGCUGUGGCCCCUUUUGAAUAGUAAUGUGGUCCGUAUCGGAGCGCGACGUUGCGUUGUAGAUAUGAUACGUUGCGGAGUCCGGCGACAGGAACGUCGUAACUAGCAGCAGGCAUUACGUCGAACACGACAGAGCUCAAGGUCGGGGACGCACGCUUCCUCAGUCCCCAGAGCCACUCAGUCCCCGUUCUUCUUCGCUCGACGCUCUCAUGGCGUUCCCCUCCGUCCGACGGACGAGGGCCUCCCUCGUCACCCUCGCCGCCAUCGCCCGCUCGUGCCGCCGCCGCUUCCUGUCCACCGCUUGCAAAGCGACCUCCUUCGCUCUCCCUCGACAACCCCCUCCCGUCCCAAAGCGCAUCCCUUUCGCCGUGUCUGCCCACGGCCGGACGUGGCAAGACCCCUUCCACUGGAUGUCCGACGUCGACGACCCCGAGUUCGUCGAGCACCUCGGCCGAGAGAACUCCUACGCUCAAGCUUUCAUGGCCGACACGAGGGAGCUUCAGGCCCAGCUGGUUUCCGAAAUGAAGAGUCGAGUCCCCGCCGAGAUUGCUACUCCGCCGGAGCGAUGGGGUCCCUGGCUAUAUUACCAAUACAUACCUGAAGGGAAGGAGUUUCCAGUGUUAUGUAGGAGGUUUGAAGCUGAAAAAGGUUGGGCAGAAGCAAUUCUUAGCUAUGUGACAGGACAACAGGGAAGAGAGCAGGUCCUACUUGACUGGAAUGAAAUAGCAGAGCAACAUGGUUAUGUCCAUGUGGGUAUGUGUCGAGUUUCCCCAGACCAUAGUUUUCUCGCUUAUACCGUUGACAUUAAUGCAAGUGAGUGGUUCAAGCUUCAAGUCAAGGACCUUAGUAAGGGAUGUAUACUUCCAAAUAUCCAAGUUGAAGGGGUUGUUAGUGUGGCAUGGGCUAAGGAUGGCUCCACUCUCUUCUAUACUCUAUCUGACGAGCAUCAACGGCCUUAUAGGGUCCUCUGCACAAAUUUAAGAUCAAGUAAUCUGGAGAACGCAGUGGUUUUCACAGAAAGAGAUUCUAAAUACUGUGUGGACAUCACAGGAACAAAAGAUGGCAAGUUUAUAACCCUUAAUUCAAGCUCAAGGAAUUCAUCUGAGGUUUAUGUGAUAGAUGCUGACAACCCUCUUGGUGGCUUGAGAAGAAUGUGUGAACGUGUAUCUGAUGUGAGGUUCUUUGUGGAGCAUCACCAUGGUUCUUUCUAUAUUCUCACAAAUGCCCCUCUAUGUGGAAGUGUGGAAUGGAAUGGUCAUGGUUAUUAUUUGGCUAGAUCCAUGGUUGAGGACCCAGAGUUGGGCAAGUUUCAGAAUGUCAUCCUUCCUGGCGAAAGUAUCACUAUAGAAGACAUGGACGUUUUCAAUGGACACCUGGUGCUUUCCAUUGAUAAGCAGGGUGCACCUAUGUUCUGCUCCAUCAAUUUGCCCAUCAAUGUUAAUUCUGAGCAUGCAGUGAUCCUUGAGCAUCUAAACCCAUGGUUUUUUCCUGUCCCUUCAAAUUUCUGCAGCAUUCUUCCUGGUUCCAACCAUGACUUUAUGAGUCAAGCAUACCGUGUCGUGCUAUCUUCUCCUGUGAUGCCUGAUGUAGUUGUUGAGUAUGAUAUGUCAAGACAUACUUUCUCCACCAUCCAACAGGAGGAAGUGAGGUGUGUUUCAGCUGACAUUGGAUUGUCAGCCACAGACUAUGUCAAAAACUUUGUCAGCCCUAUAAAUGUAGAGAACAUUGAGGAGGGUUUGAAGGACUUUUCGGAUCUGUACUGCUGUGAAAGGAAGGAUGUUAUUUCCCACGAUGGUGUCAGGAUACCCCUGACAAUUAUUUACUCUAAAACAUUGUGGCAGAAGGGAAAGUGUCCAGGCCUUUUGCAUGGAUAUGGAGCAUAUGGUGAAGUUCUAGACAUAAGCUGGUGUUCAAAUCGUCUUAGUCUACUCAACCGUGGUUGGGUUGUAGCUUUUGCUGAUGUCAGAGGUGGGGGUGGUGUUAAUUCCUUGUGGCAUACUUCUGGCCGUGGGGCAAACAAGCAGAACUCCAUUCAUGACUUUGCCUCAUGUGGUAAAUACCUUGUUCAUGAGGGUUAUGUUCGUGCUGAUCAGCUUUGUUCUAUAGGACAUAGCGCGGGCUGUCUUCUUGUAGGGGCUGCUAUAAAUAUGUAUCCAGGUCUCUUUCAUGCUGCCAUCAUGAAGGUACCUUUUCUAGAUAUAUGCAAUACAUUGUUGGAUCCUAAUAUGCCGCUUUCCUUAUUGGACCAUGAAGAGUUUGGAGAUCCUCGAAUCUUGCCACAAUUUGAGUCCAUCAUGAGUUAUGCACCUUAUAAUAACAUUCGCGAAGGGGGAUGUCAUCCGUCAACCCUUGUUUCAGCGUCAUUUCUUGACUCAAGGGUUGGAGUGUGGGAAGCUGCAAAAUGGGUGGCUAAAGUGAGAGAAGUUGGGUGCUCCCACUGUUCACAUUCAGUAAUUUUGAGAACAAAUAUGAGUGCAGGACAUUUUGGUGAAGGUGGACACUAUGGACAUCUUGAGGAAUUGGCUUUUGACUAUGCAUUUCUGAUGAAAGUUACUGGGGCUUUCAGCAUGUGAUUUUGUAAGGCUUGAAAAGUCAAUCCUAUCGUUGAAAAAAAGAAUGUGUUGAGGUUUGCGCUCAACUAACUAGUUCCUGCUACACGCUUAUCCUUUGUUUAUCACUGGCGUCAAGGGACUGCUGCAUGCUGUUAUGGGGAUUUGGCACUAUUGUAAGCUAUCCUCUCCUAGUUAGUUCUUGUUUCGAUAUCUCUAUUUGAUUGUUUCAUUCAUGUGAAUUAUUUUCCUUUCAGGAAAAGUUUUCACCUGAGUAUAUUGUUCCUGGAAAAACUUCUCUGGCUAACUUGUUUUGAUGUUCAGUGCAUGCAUGAAACGUCUUUCAUUUAACAAGUUCUAUCAGGUGGUAGUUUGCAGUCCUAUGGGACGAUGGUAGGGAGUCCAAGUGAAGUGAACUUGUGAAAAUGUCAUGUUUGCUUUCGAGAUUUGAAUAUAUACCUUUGCUUGACCUGGGAAACUUGUCUCUUGUUUAUAUAUUUUCCUGCAGUUACUUUAGUGCAGAAUAGGAAGCCCUAAAUCCUUGUUGAUUGAAGCCUUUCAUUCAAUUAGUUGAUUGUUACAAUGCAGAUGUUUCUAUAUGUGAGACACCUGGGAAUUCCAGUCCCUUUCCCAAGCUUCAGUAUGUAGGGCCGCUUGAUAUGCAUUCACCUGCACCUUAUGAGCAGUUGCCUGCCCUUAGUGUACUGGGAGUCUGGGCGUAGGAUUGCCAUCUAUGCACGCUUAUCUAAGUUUCAAAGCCUGUUGUUGUAAAUUUUAAUUUCUAUGCAAGAUUACAGGCCUCAAAUAUCAGACCCAUUCUUGAUCUGAACAUUGUUCUGAGUCUCUUACAUAAUUUACACCACUACAUGCUAGUCCUACAUGUACUAUGCAUCCAUCAACUUUUGGCCGGGGUAACAUUUGCAAUCCUUAAGGCUGUUUUUCCCUUGCACCAUGUCACUUUGAUUUGCACUUGGUUACACAGGCUAUGACUGAAAUUUACAGGGACGGUUGAUUUUCA